GAUUAGCUACGUUUACAGUGUGUAUCAAACAAAGAGAGAUUAUUGUACUAGGAAAGAAAGUAGGUACCUAGUGAAAGAGAGACGCUAAGGCGGGGGACGCCGAACCGCCAUGUUCUUUAAAAUUUUCUAACAAAAUCAUGACAAAACCUCAAAAACUUAUAAAUGUAUAGCGUCGUUGAAUUUAGUGAGGAUGACAGCGUCGCUAUUGUGCGCUCGUCUUGGAUUUCACCCACUAAGAAACAUAGUGCUUGGCCUCCAUUUAAAAAUUCCGAAAAGAUCAAGAAAUGUCUUACGGGCACAAUUUUAGAUGAUGACACGUGGAAUGUUUUUGGAAUUCGACGCAUUUUUUAUGUAACUGAUGACCUUCUCAGUGCUAGAAAGAAAUGUAAAGAAGCCGAACUUAAUUCCGAAGUAGAACUAGACAUUGAGCUAAAAAGUUAUCAAGCCCUGUCCCUGCCAGAAGGAGUCAAUUUACCAUGCACCCAGAUCGAAGAGAUUAAAAAGAUUGAUGUCUGGCUAACAGUGGACGAAAAUUACAUGCUACUUGUUAACCACUUGAGCUAUGUAGGCGGUAACAAAACAUCAGCAAUAUUAAGGAGGAUUCUUGAAAAACUGUUUUCAAACAAACUUGCGGAAAUCUGUAAUUGGUCAGGCAAAAAUGGAAAACAUAAGCUACAAGAUCACCUUUUAAUUAAAGUUGUUACUGAAGCUCUCCGUCGGCACAAAGUCGCCGAAACGGCUACAGAAAACGAGAUAAAGACCGUGGUUAGCAACUGGUUCCGCUUCUCCAAAGAUAGAGAUGGAGGUCGAGAAAGCAGACGCAGGACAAUUGAGCCAACUUCUAUCCAGCAAUAAUCAACGUUACACAGGGCUGUCAACUAGAAAUAAGAAAAGACAUUUAGCCUUAAAGAUACAAGAAAUAUCUGUAGAGUUAAACGGGCUCAGUGGGGAAACUAGUCCACCUAAUCAACCAUAUACUGUAGAUGUCGGUAACAGUAAUUUUACUCGUGAAUCAAACUAUACAAAUAAUAUGCUCGGUGACAGUGACGAUGACGUCACUAUCAAUGUUAAUUUGCCAAACAGUCCCCUUCUGUUUGACACAAAAGACAGUGUUUUAAAAUCAUUUCUAGUUUCUUGGUCUAAACGGUACAAUAUUUCACACUCCGCACUCAAUCAUCUACUGGAAGGAUUGCAAGUAUACCAUCCAAGUUUGCCAAAAGAUGCUCGCGUUUUGUUACAGACACCAAGGAGUAUUAAUGUUGUCCAAUGUGCAGGAGGCUCGUAUGUGUAUUUUGGGCUUGAAAAUCAGUUAAAAAAAAGAGCUUCUGCUGGUUUAUGUUCAAAUUACUAUCCUCUGAUGCAAAGAAAACUGUCACAAUUUGGAAGUACUUUUUACAUAACUAUAACUCUUAAUGUUGAUGGUUUACCAGUGCAUUCCAGUAGCAGCAAUUCAUUUUGGCCUAUUUUAAGCAUUUUAGAUCAGUCCAUUGAUAAAGAACCAAUUAUUGUAGGAAUUUAUUAUGGCUCUUCAAAACCUAACGAUGCCAAUGAUUAUCUUAGACCUUUUGUCGAUGAAUGUCUCCAUUUAGAAAAGCAUGGGUUGGUUGUUAAUGGACAACAUUAUAACUUCCGAGUGAGUUGCAUAAUAGCAGAUGCACCAGCGCGAUCUUUUUUGAAAAGUAUUAAGUCAUUCAAUUCACUGUAUGGGUGUGAGAAAUGCGAGCAAGAAGGUACAUAUCUGGGGAGGACUGUUUGGUUAUACACAUCAGAUAUGCGCCUUAGAACUGAUGCUGGAUUUUCAAAUCAAUUGUAUGGCGACGAGCACCAGCAAUCAAAAAGUAUACUAUCUGAACUUGAUGUAGGGUUAAUAACCCAAGUACCUUUAGAUUACAUGCACUUGGUGUGUCUGGGGGUUGUAAAAAAACUGAUAAGGUGUUGGUUAGAAAAUGGACCAAAAAAAUGCAGAAUGCCUGCUUCGAAAAUAGGCGAAAUAUCAGAACGUUUACGGGUGAUACGGGAUAAAUAUCCCACUGAAUUUUCCAGACGUCCUAGACCUAUCAAUAUGUUCAAAUAUUGGAAAGCUACGGAGUUCAGAGCUUUCAUUUUGUAUUUAGGCCCUGUUGUUUUACGUGGUGUGUUAAGCAAAACACUGUACGCGCAUUUUCUUUA